AACACCCAUACUAAAGUGAUCCCAAUCCCUCCGCUCUCUCCUUGGGCUUCCGUAUAUAAUGCACUCAAACCCCGGCCGUCUCCGAGUAGCAUGCGAAGAGAGGGAGGUCGGAACCCCCCGAAACCUUCACGCGCGAUCUGCUAGGCACAAGAUCCGGCAAUGGCGGUGGCAUUCCUCUCCGAUCUCCUCACCGAGGUCCUGAUCCCGGUGGCGGCCGUCGUCGGGAUCGUGUUCGCCCUGGUGCAGUGGCUCCUGGUCUCGAAGGUGAAGCUCUCGCCGGAGGGGGAGUCCUCCGGAACGGGCAACGGCAAGAACGGAUAUUCCGAUUACUUGAUAGAGGAAGAGGAGGGGCUUAACGAUCACAACGUGGUCGUCAAGUGUGCCGAGAUCCAGAGCGCCAUUUCGGAAGGAGCUACUUCUUUCCUCUUCACAGAAUAUCAGUAUGUUGGAAUCUUUAUGGCUGUUUUUGCAGUCCUGAUCUUCCUCUUCCUUGGCUCCGUUGAGGGCUUUAGCACCAAGAACCAACCCUGCACUUACAACAAGGACAAGACUUGCAAACCUGCCCUUGCCAAUGCCAUUUUCAGCACCUUGUCUUUUUUGCUUGGUGCUUUCACCUCUGUUGUUUCUGGUUUUCUUGGGAUGAAGAUUGCAACAUAUGCCAAUGCCAGGACAACUUUGGAGGCAAGAAAGGGUGUUGGAAAGGCUUUCAUCACUGCAUUCCGAUCGGGUGCAGUGAUGGGCUUUUUACUUGCUGCCAAUGGGCUUCUGGUGCUUUACAUUUCCAUAAACCUAUUCAAGUUGUAUUAUGGCGAUGACUGGGAAGGUCUUUUUGAGGCUAUUACUGGUUAUGGCCUUGGUGGUUCUUCCAUGGCUCUCUUUGGGAGGGUUGGCGGAGGUAUCUACACCAAAGCUGCUGAUGUUGGGGCUGAUCUUGUUGGAAAGGUUGAGAGGAACAUCCCUGAGGAUGACCCUAGGAAUCCAGCCGUCAUCGCUGACAAUGUUGGUGACAAUGUUGGGGAUAUUGCUGGAAUGGGAUCUGAUCUCUUUGGUUCAUAUGCUGAAUCUUCAUGUGCUGCCCUUGUUGUUGCUUCAAUCUCUUCUUUUGGAAUUAACCACGAGCUGACUGCAAUGUUGUAUCCGCUACUGAUCAGUUCCAUGGGCAUUAUUGUUUGUCUGGUCACCACUCUUUUUGCUACCGACUUUUUUGAGAUAAAAGCGGUGAAGGAGAUUGAACCUGCACUAAAGUGGCAGCUUAUAAUCUCCACUGUUCUCAUGACCGUGGGUAUUGCAAUCGUCACUUGGGUAGCACUCCCGUCCAGCUUUACAAUCUUCAAUUUUGGUGUCCAGAAGACUGUCAAAAACUGGGAGUUGUUCUUCUGUGUGGCGAUCGGUUUGUGGGCUGGUCUGGUGAUAGGAUUUGUCACAGAAUAUUAUACGAGCAAUGCGUACAGCCCUGUGCAAGAUGUUGCCGAUUCCUGUAGAACUGGUGCUGCUACCAAUGUUAUCUUUGGGCUCGCUUUGGGAUACAAAUCCGUCAUCAUUCCUAUAUUUGCUAUCGCCGUCAGCAUUUUUGUUAGCUUUAGUUUUGCCGCGAUGUAUGGUAUUGCAGUUGCUGCUCUUGGAAUGUUGAGUACCAUUGCUACUGGACUUGCCAUCGAUGCCUACGGGCCUAUCAGUGAUAAUGCUGGAGGUAUCGCAGAGAUGGCUGGCAUGAGCCAUAGGAUCCGAGAAAGAACUGAUGCUCUGGAUGCUGCAGGCAACACCACUGCUGCAAUUGGGAAGGGUUUUGCUAUCGGUUCAGCUGCCUUGGUGUCCCUUGCACUUUUUGGUGCCUUUGUUAGUCGAGCUACGAUCUCGACCGUAGACGUUCUGACACCCAAGGUUUUCAUUGGGCUGCUUAUUGGUGCUAUGCUUCCUUACUGGUUCUCGGCUAUGACCAUGAAGAGCGUUGGUAGUGCAGCUCUUAAGAUGGUUGAAGAAGUCCGCAGGCAGUUCAACAACAUUCCUGGUAUCAUGGAGGGAAGUGCUAAACCAGACUAUGCAACCUGCGUCAAGAUCUCAACCGAUGCUUCCAUCAAGGAGAUGAUUCCUCCUGGUGCUUUGGUCAUGCUUACUCCACUCGUUGUUGGGACCCUUUUUGGCGUUGAAACGCUCUCGGGAGUCCUUGCGGGCUCUCUAGUUUCUGGAGUCCAGAUUGCCAUCUCUGCGUCGAAUACUGGUGGUGCAUGGGACAAUGCAAAGAAGUAUAUUGAGGCUGGAGCUUCAGAGCAUGCCAGGUCUCUUGGCCCAAAGGGAUCAGAUGCCCACAAGGCUGCGGUGAUUGGCGACACCAUCGGAGACCCACUCAAAGACACGUCUGGACCGUCUCUCAACAUCCUCAUCAAGCUCAUGGCAGUUGAAUCACUUGUGUUUGCUCCAUUCUUUGCCACUCAUGGAGGGAUCCUCUUCAAGUACCUUUAAGAAGAUGCCAAGAAGGAAAACAUGUAUCGUCCAAAGUCCUUGAGAAACUGCACCUCUCUUCUUCGUUCCGAUCUUUUUUUCCCAUGCUUUAUUUAUGCUUCAUUUCUGGUUCUGAAUUUUAGCUGUAUCAUGUUGAAUUCUCAAUACCUUUCGAAAUAGAGCAUUCAGAUCGUCUGUUGGCAAUGA